GCCGACUGAAAGUUUGCAGCUUUACUGAGAUGAAAGAUGAUUGUAACGGCGAAGCUAAGAUUCAUGAAAACCAUGUGUUUAGCUUCAGCUUUCAGGAGCUUCCACUUUCCACUGCUAUGGGAUUUGGGAAUCGGAAAUGAUUGAGAGAGGUUGUGAGCCAGAUGCUGUGACUUACACUGCUAUCAUCGAUGCCCUUUGCAAGGAUAAGCUAGUUGCUGAGGCAGUAAACCUCUUCUCUCACAUGAAGAAUAAAGCCAUUUCACCUAAUGUUAUCACUUACACCUGCUUAAUUCAUGGUCUUUGCAAUUUAGGCAAAUGGAAUCAAGCUCGAGCCUUGUUGAAAGAAAUGGUGGGGCAAAACAUAUCACCAGACAUUUUUACCUUCAAUAUAUUGAUUGACUCUCUUUGUAAGGAAGGAUUGGUUUCAAAUGCUCAAAGUAUAAUCAAGAUAAUGAUUCAAGCAGAUGUGGAGCCCGAUGUUGUCACUUAUAAUUCGUUGAUGGACGGAUAUUGUCGUAGCCAAAUGGAUAAAGCUAGAAAAAUAUUUGAUUUGAUGGUACAAAAUGGAAUAGUCAAUGCUUUUAGCUAUGGCAUCUUAAUUAAUGGAUAUUGUAAGAGCAAGCGAAUAGAUGAAGCAAUGCAACUUUUUGAUGAAAUGCCUCAAAAAGGUUUUCUUCCUGACACUUUUACUUACACUACUCUCAUACAAGGCUUGUGGAACGCAGGGAAGCCCAGGGCUGCACAAGAGCUAUUCAAGAACAUGUGUUAUCAUGGUUAUCGGCCAAAUAUAAUAACUUUCUCAAUUUUGCUUGAUGGCUUGUGCAAACAAGGGGAUCUUGAUGAGGCACUUACAUUAUUUGAAGCAAUGGAAAGGAGUCAAUUGAAGCCGAAUCAUGUGAGUUAUACCAUCUUGAUUGAUGGCAUGUGCAAAGCUGGGAAGCUUCAUGAUGCCAAGGAAUUUUUUUCUAGGCUUUUUGAAAAAGGCUUGCAGCCUAAUGUUUAUACAUAUGGUAUAAUAAUUAAAGGCCUUUGCAUAGAGGGAUUGCUAGUUGAAGCAUACAAGGUGUUUAGAGGAAUGAAAGAUGGUGGAUGUUCACCGAAUGGUUGCUGUUAUAAUGUAAUUAUUCAAGGAUUUCUCAGACAUGGAGAUGUACCAAAAGCAUCACAACUUAUUGAAGAAAUGAUUGGUAAGGGAUUCACUGCAGAUGCCACGACCGCCAAAUUGGUAAUGCAUUUAUUGCCCAAUGACGAUCUCAUUCUUAGAAAACUGCAAAAUCAGACUGAAGGUUCUAAAGGUGUAAAUGUGAAGUGAGAUAUUAUCAAUCAAUGCCUGGUCAAUAGAUGUAAGACGUCUUUGUUAUGUUGUGUGUUAUUGGUAUGAAAUUCUCUUUCAAUAUGAUUACAAUUACAAUUUAUCCAGUUAGUUGCUUUAGCUUUUAUACAAGAAACUGUUUAUUAGUUGUAAACAUUAAUGAAUAUGUUCUAUUGAUACGUUGUUCUGAAA